CCAAUCAAUCGUCUUCCGAUAAUGGCCAAGUCAGUUUUAGACUUGUAUGAACUGUACAAUUUGGUAAUAGCUCGUGGUGGAUUAGUCGAUGUCAUUAACAAGAAAUUGUGGCAAGAAAUUAUCAAAGGACUACAUCUACCAUCCAGUAUAACGAGUGCAGCAUUCACGCUACGAACACAAUAUAUGAAGUACCUGUACCCAUAUGAGUGUGAAAAGAAAAAUUUAAGUACUCCUGCUGAACUCCAAGCGGCUAUUGACGGCAAUCGACGUGAAGGUCGCAGAUCCAGCUACGGUCAAUUUGAUCAACAAAUGCAGGGACAACUACAAAUGCAACGGUCACCCACUGGUCUGCAGCAAAUGUCACCCUUAUCAUUAGUCACUCACGGCAACGCACCAAAUUCACACCAUCGUAUGAUGGGCGGACCACCGCUUGGACAGAUGGCAAAUGUAGUACCACACGACAUCGAACAGCGUAUGAUUGAAUACAUAAAAAUGUUUCAACCGAAAGAGCCAAGACGUUCCCAAAGUCCUGAAUUGUUGCAACGGGAUGCAUUAAAUGCAUUGGAAAUGUCAAGAGUGGCCCUUUGGUCGAUGUACAAUAAUAACACAAGCCCACCAGUUUCAAUAAAUACAAUAAGUCCGCCGAACCAUGAACCACAAAGAGAGGCACUAAACCUAGCUGAAUCUCCACCACACAUUCCUAACGUUAAACGAGAACGUGAACGAUCGAGCGAUUACCAUGAAAGAGACAGAGAUAUUCCGUGCGAGCCACCGCAGAAACGUGCCGUGCCCAUCGAUAAGUCAUUGCAAAGACACAAUUCGUCGUCGAUGCACCACGACGACCGGUCUAGAACGCCAAUGAAUGAUCAUGACGUUUCCGACGAUCCCGCUCAUUCAUCCUCACCGAUCCGCAAUGGCAUUUCUAACAUAUCGUCAGGUUCGACGACGACUGUACUGUCGGGAAUGCAAUUCAAAAUAACUAGUCGCGGCAAUGCAGCUAACGGCGAGCAACAAUUGGUUGUGACAAUGGAAUUGAAUGGAGUUCAAUAUGAGGGCGUGCUAUUUGCAAAUCCAACCACAAAUUCGACGAAUGCUUCAACGCCGACGAAAACCAAUCCAAAUAGCAGUCACAAUCCGAUCGAUGAAAGAGAAACGAACCGAGUUGCUCGGCCACUCGUAUCAUCGUAAUUUUGCCAAUUUCGGGAGAACAUUUAAUUUUGUGGACAAUCUACUUGAACAUUUUAUACGUAGCAUACAGUUGGAAUGUUUCGUUUAAAAAUAGACGACUUUUUGAUUUCAUCAAUUGAAUGUUGAAAAUAAUACGCAAUCGUGUCGUUAGCGACUGACCCCAAGUUUUUUUUCUAAUAAAAUUGAAAUUUAUUAAUUAAUUAGUUCUUCGGUCGAUUGGCCUCGCUGGAAAUCAGAUUUCGUCAUUUUCAAUUUUUAAGAUUUUUUUUUUUGCAAAUUUGAUUCACUCCAAACCUUAUUAAAAAGAUCUUCUGUGUCAUUUUUUCUUACGAAAUAAAAUGUCACAGGCAACCCAAUUUAGUUUACCUGUUACGGACGGCCAUAUUAUUGGUUAUCAAGAAGUAAUAGAUUCGAUAACCGAUCUAAUGACAUAUGACUACCGCCUGUGGAAGUUUAAAUUCAUUCACAAAGACACCCUAAAAAGUCAGGAUACUUCGAACUAAGGAUAUUGCACAAUAUUUAGUAACUCUCAGUGCAAAUUGUAACGGUUUCCAUUUUGUUCCCUGUUGGUCCUAGUCCUUCGAGUCCUUAGGCAUGUUGUAAGAACUUAUCCAGUUUUUUCUCUAAAUUUACUUCCUUGCUUCAAAAUCGAAACAUGACGAAUUGGUGAAUCAAAUCAUGUUCAUGUCGUCAUUUCUCUGAAACGGCUAAUCAUUUGUUGUCAAGACUAAAGUGCACUAUGACCUCAGGUUAGAUCUUCUAUGGAAAAAUGUAUGUGAUCAGUGAUCAUACACUAGCCUAUGCUUUGAACAAAAGAAGUUAACAGAUGAUUGCGACACGCUUGCCGUUUUCAUAAUACUUAGAGGUACAAUCUAUGAUAGUAAAGGAAAACUUUGACUUCGGAAACGUAAAUGCAAAUUUGUUCAAAAAUGAUUUCCAAAAAUUAAACUUAAAUGAGAAACAAAAACUCACUUCAAAAAUAGGCUGUAAAAAUUGAUUUUUUUGUGUUUAAAAAACUAAAUUUAUAUUGUGAGACCGAGAUGCAUAAAUUAUUUAGUUAAAAAACCAAUGGAUAAAUUAAAGUGGAAAAUAUUUUUAAUUUGUAAAAUUCUUUAAAAACAAGAAGAUUUAUUCAAGAACAAAAGUCAUCGCUGCAAUAUAAUAAUACAAAUGAAAAGUGAAAGAAAAAGAAUUAUUAAA